UUAAAAUGGAAGACAACAAGGAACAGAAACUGGAGAAUCUAUGGAGCGAUUGCUUCAGCACAGAGGCGAUGCAGAACCUGACCAAAGAAUCCCACCUUGUUCUGUUCGGAGAUAAUAGCAGUGGCAAAUAAAUCCAUCAUUGAUUACAUUUCCAAAAAUAUUAUUAAGAUUAAAUAAGAAGGGCCAAGAUGAUGAAGGACCUCGCCUGUUUUCCUCCUUCGACUACGAUCACCUUGGCAAUACCAAUGUGUGGUACUUGAAUGACCCGGAGAUGAAGGAUUUCCUCAUAGAUAAUUUCAAACCUGGCUUUUUGGAAGACACUAUCUUCGCAAUAGUAUUAGACUCCUCAAAGCCGUGGCAGUUCUUGGAUCAAUUAUCAAUCUGGUCGGACGUCAUCUUCGAGAUUAAUAAGAAGCUUUUCCUUCAGCUCCCUGUUGCCAAGCAAAACAAGAUGAAGAAGGAUAUCGAAAACCACAAAUACGAAGAUGAAAAAGAGGAAGAAACUCCAGAAGGAGAGGGUAACCAAGAAGAAAUGAAAGAGGCAUUGAACUUAAUGGACCUCGAGGAAGGUAUUCUCAACGUCAAUCUUGGUGUCCCCCUCCUUGUGAUCUGAACAAAGUCUGAAGUAAUCGCUACUGGAGAAGCAAUGAAAUACUUUUCCCCCAGAUUUGAGUUCAUCUUGAAAAAUCUUAGAGAGUUCACAUUAAGAUAUGGAGCAACGCUGAUUUUCACCUCAGCAAAGAAAGGAACAAAUAUGAAUGUGUUGAAUGAUUACAUGAGAUUCAUCUACUCUGAAGAGGACUUUGAGCACCCGCCUGAGAUCAAUGAUAAAGAAGGAAUCUUCAUCCCGUGCGGGUUUGACUCUCCCAAGCUCAUCCAGCAGCUAUGUCCCAGCAUCAAUGAUCCCUAUGACAAAAUUGUAAGCAACCUUAUUGGCUCAGGAGAGAUCGACCAUCAAGAAAUCAUCUGAGAAAGUUGGGAGGAAUGACUCGAAGAACUAUCCAAGAACGAGAGUUUGUGCGAAGACGUACCUGAUAACAUCUUUGGAGAUCCUUCCAAGUCUGGCGAUGACUCAAAGGCUUCAACUAAGGUAAAUGCUAAGAGCUUCUUCGAGAAACUCAAGGGGAAUACCAGCAAGAUCAGGACCUCCACGGCCGGCCGCACCUCUGAUGAAACUGAGGAAGAGAAGAAGAAGAAAAUGGAAGAUUUCAAGAAAAAAUUACAAAUAGAUACUGAUUAAGUGAAACCAAAAUAUAACUAAUUUUAAUAAAUUCAAAAAUUGU